CUGAGCAAUGAGGGGGCUGACAGUAGAGUACUGGGCACUACAGGAUCCAGCUAGGGGAACACUCACCGUGCCUGUCUGACUCUCUAUCUGUCUAUAUCCUAAUCCUGUUUGCCUAUAUCACCUAUCCCCUGACCAAACAUCGGCUGGGUUUCUUUGUUCUGUAUUGCAGGCUAGCUGUCGGGAUAUGAAGCUGCAUCUGCCUGUACUCUUGCUGCUCUGCCUCUGUUGGCUGGGACUGACUGAUGAGACUGGUACGGUAGCUACUGAGUACCACUCUUGCGGGGAGCAGGUGCUCAGCCAGGAGGCCCGGUGGUCAGUAGGGGGUGCUGUAGAGAGACUGGGCAGGCAGCUACUGGACAGCCUGCAGACAGGGCCAGAGCAGCCCAACGUCAUCAUAUCACCCCUCAGCGUGGCCCUUGCACUAGCACAGCUCACACUGGGAGCUCGUAACGAGACACAGAAGUUGCUGCUAAGUUCUCUACACGCCCACACUGUGCCCUGCUACCAUGAAUCCCUGGGCAGCCUGCUCCAACACCUCACCAACACCUCCCUACAGGUGGCUACACGCAUGUACCUGCGCCCAGAGUUUGAGGUGUACCAGUCCUUUGUUGCAGAAUCCAUGCGUAGCUACAAAUCAGAGCCUGCCCCCUUGAUCUCAGUAGAAGAUGUCAACCAAUGGGUGGAAGACGCCACCAAAGGUCACAUGACCAAUUUCCUGACCAGUAUUCCGCAUGAUGUGGUGCUCAUGCUGAUCAAUGCUGUGCAUUUCAAAGGUGAGUGGGAGGCUCGCUUCGACCCUCAGCUCACACAGAAGGAUGUCUUCUACCUGGACAAUAAGAACUUUGUCCAUGUAGACAUGAUGCGGUCAGCCAAGUAUCCACUGAGCCUGUUAGAAGAUGGGGAGCUUGGGGCUCAGGUUGCACGUUUUCCAUUUAAGGGAAACACCAGCUUUCUGGUAGUGAUGCCGUUGCCAGGAAGAGGAAACGUGUCAUCGCUGGUGGCCAAGCUGAAUAUCUCUGACCUGUACAGACGUCUACCUCAGGAGAGGACCAUGCAGGUCCAACUGCCCAAGUUCACCCUGCAGUACCGCCAAGAGCUACAGGAGGCGCUGACCAGCAUGGGUCUGGGCUCUUUGUUCUCUAGUCCUAAUCUAUCCGGUGUCUCAGCGGUUCCUCUGCAGGUGUCCAGCAUGCGUCACGCCUGCGGGGUGGAGUUGAGUGAGGAGGGGGCCGAAGCAUCUGCAGCCACCUCCAUCACCAUCAUGCGCUCUGUUCCCAUCUUUUCUGUAAACUCCCCCUUCCUGUUCGCCCUGGUAGACCACGCCUCCCUCGCUCCAAUCUUCCUGGGCACCGUCACUAACCCAGCCCCUGACGCCAGCCCUAUUCAGAUCGACAGUCCCCUCGGCGAUGAUCCCAAUGGCAACAGGACCCAAAGUGACAGCUCUCAUAGCAAUAGCAAUGUACAGAACGAUGGUCCCCAUAGUAACAACAACGUACAGAGCGACAGUCCCCAUAGCAGUAACAACGUACAGAGUGACCAGCCACAAAGUGAGAGAAUGCAGUGUGGCGUCCCUGUCGGGGGGGAGGAGCAACAACAGCCCCUGAAUGAAGUAGAGGGAAACCCCAAUGCCCAAGUGGAGGGGCUAGGAUCUAGUUCCUGUGCCAAUCCCUCUCAUACAGUUCCUUCCUAAACCAACACUGAUGCCCAGCUUGCCCCAACCCAUCUCUCACUGUUCUGUCCUGAGCAACACUGAUGCCCAGCUUGCCCUAACCCAUCUCUCACUGUUCUGUCCUGAGCAACACUAAUGCCCAGCUUGCCCCAACCCAUCUCUCACUGUUCUGUCCUGAGCAACACUGAUGCCCAGCUUGCCCCAAACCAUCUCUCACUGUUCUGUCCUGAGCAACACUGCCUGACCAGCUGGUCUCAUAUGGAGCCCAGCCCUCACAUAGCAAAACUCUAUCCCAAUCUAUUGGCACAGUUCCCAGUCCAGAAUCAACAACAGCCCCUACCCCUAGACACCCGACAACUUCUCACAGUCCCUCCCCUCCCCAGUGAAUGCCCCUGAUUACAACCCAAUGAUUUAGGAGAGACCAUGGACCUGUCCUAUACUACACUGUGUGUGCAGAUUAACACUCAAAUGUGUUUUUUUACACUUGGCUGUGCACUGUCUGUCUUACAGUAUUUGUGUUUUGUUUUGAUGUCUUACUUUUUGAUGAUUCUCACCUCUGGUAUUGAUUAAAGAAAUGAAGUCUCAAU